ACGCCCAAGUGCACAUGCAGACGGGAAGCCGCUCCUUCUUGACAGUACGUUGUUUACUUCAUUUCUUCUUCAGUUCUUCAACAAAAAUGACUGCAUGAGGAAUGGAAAGCCUAGAUUACCUAGAAUAUAUUCCUGCUGAAUACAGGAAUUUGAAAUAAACAAGACUAGAAAGGAAAAUCUUGGGGAAAAAUGUUUCAGGCAUCUCAGAGUCCAUGUACAGAGGAAAUUGAGAGUAGCAGCCAUGUCAGUGGCUCUGACAGCCAGAGGGACAAGAGAGAAAACCAAGAGACUCCAGGAAAUACUAAAAAUAAAAUGACAAUUACUGUCAAUUUGCAGGAUGUUUUCACAGAAACUAAUAGGAGAUUGCCCUUGGAAAGAAAAAUUGUAUUAAAAGACAAUAAAAAGAAGACAAAUGAAGAAUCUCAGGUGCACAGGAGUUACAAAAGAAACACGAGAAAUGAUGCCUACAACUAUGUAAAAAAUGGAAGAACGCAGAUAGGCAAUACAACUGUUUCCAAAGUCAAAAUAAUUGAUUCAUUGGGAGUAAAAAAAAGUGAAGGUUUAGAACUGACAGAUGGAAAUGAUACAAAAGUAGUCCUCAUGGUGGUAAAGCCUUAUGGAGUGCGAAUUCUUCAUUAUUCAAGUUUACCUCUUGAAAAUGUUUCCAUGAAGUUUUUAAACCAGCACAAAAAGACAAAACAGCACAACCUGAAUUGUCAGGAGAAACCAAGAAAUAAUAAAAUGGCUACCCCAUCUCGAUGUGAUCCUACAGACUGUAGACUAGAAAAUUCACAGAAUAAGAGUCUUCAAGAGUGGCUGAAGCAAAAGAAUGUAGAGAUGAGAAAACAGAGAGCUGCUAAAAGAAGAGUAAAGAAGAAGGAGAAAGAAGAGAAACAAAGGAAGGCAGAAGAAAAGCAAGACAGGCUGAAAAUAUCAGAGGAGCAAGUAAAAGUCUGGUUGGAGAGAAAGAGGCAAGAGGUUUUUGAAUAUAAUAACAAAGGGCAUAAUGCAAAAAAUGGAAAGUCAUCCAAUCUGGCUAUAGAUGGAAAUAAGAACGUAUUACUUUUGCAAAGUCAUAGAAACACUCUUACUUUACCUGAUUCUGCUGUUUUGGCAGAGGUAAUAGAAACACCUUCUGCGAAAGAUUGUCUGCCCUUAAGGAGCAUGAUGAUAGUUGAGGGAAAACCAAGUUCUGAAGAUGUUACUGAUGCCUGUGUUUUAAAAACAACCACGUCACCCAUAGAGAAAAGUCUUUUUCAACAAGAUAAUAAAAAUGACCAAGACCAACAAUGCACUGGCAAGCCUGCUGUUCUUUCAGCUUCUACAGUGAAAAUGACACAUCCUGCAGAUUCAAGGUUCCUUGGUUCUUCUCAGAAGCAGAGAAGAAAAAAAGAAUGCAACCAAAGGAAGCCGGGAAGCUUAUCGUCUGUUAAUCCUCAUGUAUCUGCUGUUGGAGCUAAUGAGAUAGUUUCAUUGACAUCCCAGAAAAAAGAGUCUAUAGAUGCUAGUCUGACUUCAAACAGAAAAGCAACCCCUAAACCUAAAACUUCAAUGACACUGUCAGGGAACAAAGACAAAUGCUAUAUGAGAUCAGACAAGAAUGACGAGACACUCAAAAAUGAGCAACCUGGUACCUCAAAAAAAUCAAUCCCACAGAAAGAACCAGUAAUAAAAUCAAUACUCCCUGGGUCUGAAGUUCAAAACAAUGCAAACUUGGGCCAUGACAUCAAAACAGAACCUCAAAAGGAAAAACUGACACAUAGUCAGUGGCUACAGAGGAAGGAGGAAGACAGAAAGAGGAGAGAAAAUCAGAAAAAGAAGGAAAUCUUUGUUGAUCAGGAUCUCCAAAAGAUUGUUCCAAAGCUGGCAAGAACAAGAAUAGAGGCAAUGUUUGAGAGAAAGAAAAGGGUUGAUACUGGAAUUGAUUUUGCCCGGUCAAGAGAAACAGAAAUAAUUAAAGGGCCAGCAAAAAACACUCCUAGGUGGCUAUCAAAGGCCCAGCUUUCCCUUGCACUGGAGCAAAGAUUCUUGCAUAUUUUGUCCCAGGAAGCUUUUUCAGCUGUCUAUGUAAAUGCUGAAGAAGAACAUAUUGCUAGUCCAUCUCAGAUUGAUACAGAUCCACAAAAAAACUUGGAGACAACCUCUGUCAGAAAUGUAGAGGCAGAAAGGAGAGAAUUAACUGCCUUAAAAUUUGCAGAAAGACCAGAGCCUCAGGGUAGUGAGGAAGUGAAUGAACUGACACAUUACUAAUGAAGAUAAUGGAAAAUGAUUGCAUAUUUCUAACCUUAUAAAUACUGGGUAUAGAUAACACUUAAUACAGUUAAUGACAAAUUUUAAUCAGCUGGGAAUUCUGCAUUACCUUUUUAAAUGCGUCAUUUUUAAUAAUAUCACACCAAAAUUUUCAAGAGUUCCAUAAUGGUUUGAACAAAACAAGUAUAAUUAAAUUACUGUAUGUAGAUCAUUUGCAAUGGAUAAUUUAACAAUGUUGUUAUGUUCAUUCAUCUAAAUUCCUGGGCCUGCUUAAUCCAAUACAGGAUUAAAUGGAGUCUUAGCUUAUCCUGGCAGCCUCACGCUCAAAGUAGGAGCCAAUCGAGAAGAGGAUGCCAGUCCAUCAAAGGGUAUAUUUUCCCACACUCUCAUACUUGACCGAUAUUGGAUUUACUUUACAGCCUAAUCUGUAUGUGUUUAGAAUGUAAAAGAAAAUCAAAAAAAAUUGCAGGAAACAAGAAAAACAUGAGAGUCCUUAGUUUGUGAGGCAACAGCACUAAUCUAGGUGCCAUCUUGAACCAGUAUGUAUACACAAGUACAGUGUGCUUAUAAUUUUAAGUGUGACAAUGAGUAAGUACUGUAUAUGUGAGGAAAGAACAUAAAAAAUGUUCAUAUUUAACAGAAAUGCUGUAAUUUCAAGAAAAGCGGUAAGCAAUCCAUUUAACUUUGUGAUAUAGUGAAGCCAAAUGUGUUGAUGCAUUUGAAAUAUUUUUAUACAUUUGAUGAUAUUAUUAUGAGACACUAAACCAUUAAACAAGCUGGUAUGUUU